AUGUUUCUAGCAAGUCGACGGGAUUCUACCUUUUGCGAGUGCUAUAUCUGUUUCGAAAGCAUUGGCGAACUAUUUCCCACCGAGAUUUUCGAAGCGCAGCGUGAACCUCGCCGUGAUCUUGGUGAUCAAAUUGUGGAUUCCCAUGUGGCUCGCAUCCUCGAUCUAAGCAAGAUCCCUAACUUCAUGUGUGGAUGCGAUGCGCUCUCUAUCUAUGGGGCACCGUUGCAGGAGGCUACGGAACGUGACUGGGUGUUCCCCGAUGAGCAUAUCACCGAGGCAAUAAAAGUCUUUACGCAGGCUGGGUUUUUGCAAUGUCCACAUCGGAGCGAAUACGAAAGACUCGGCAAACGCGGGUUGUUGCACAAUUUCGACGAUCCCGAACCCGACCCUUUGGGAGAGCUCGAUCCAUGCCCCUACAGUGUCGAUUUCCAUAUACCGGACUAUCACUUCCACUUGAGCUUUGACUCGGCUAACCGAAACCCUCGAGCGAUAGGUUACACACCGACACGUGCUAUUCAUCUCUACCGCAUGCCGCGGCUUUUCCCGACAUUUCCCAUCCCACCCAUUGGCGCUCCCCCUCGCGAUGAUCCAUACUAUCGGCUCACGUCGGACGACCGCAUUCGGUUGUUUUCCCACUGCGAUAGCAAGUGGACCCGGGGGCGUCAGUCUGAUCACGCGGCCUUUCAUCCCGUGAAGAUUCCUCAAUUGGCCCGCUGGGUGGAGGUCCACCAGCUGCGGAUUCUCCGCAACUUGCCCGCCGCGAACACUGAUGGUGAAGUCAUGGGCGUGCGCUGGGAAAGCGCUCCCAGGCCGCAUAAAUACAUGAUUUUGCUGGUGCGGUACCAGAUGAAUGUGGAUAUCACGGAGCUGUCGGAGCCUUGGCGCACGUUGACGGCCCUGUGGCAGGAGGUUUCGCCGGAGUAUGACAACCAGAAGCCUUAUCCGAAUCGCCGUACCCGGAGGAAGCAGAUGGAUAGCGACUACCACAAGUAUCUGUACGAGCUAUGCAUCAACAUGAAGAGACGCGGUGAGCUUCCACCCCCGGAGGGAGAACGUAUUCACCCAGCAGGUCUUAAGGAGUUUGUGUCGUGGUUAAAGAUGCUCGACAUCGAGUACAACUCCGCGGACCUGGAAUAA